AGUAUUAAUUUGACGCUGCUCGCGUUCGGCGCUUAUGGUCGGGACGCGUCAGUAGUCGUUCUGCCCUCGACUCGAGUGUUUUUGUCUGUGUGUGUCUGCAAGUUGGGCGUUGCUUGCCACUGUCAAUACAUCAAAUAUACCACCACAAGCAUACAAAAGUGCGCAUCCUGACACUGCUCAUCACCAAGGCUCAUACAAAUAUUCGCACAUAUUUUAGCAACAAAGAUGAGCAGUAAAGUAAAUUUCAGCUUCGACAAUAUAUUGGGCAUCUACUAUGCUGGCCAGCUCGUAUCCGGCACAGCGGAGCUCAUCACAGAGCGGCCCAAAACCAUACGCUCUAUCUACAUAACUGUGAACGGCUUUGUGGAGACGCGAUGGCAGGAGAGCGUUGAGAAGCCCGGAGAGGAUGGCAAAUUGGUCAAGUCGAUGGAAACGCACACAGCCACAGAGAUCUACUAUAGCAGCGAUAAGUAUGUUUACGGCCAGAGCGGCGGAUCGCAGCUGGAAUUGCCUAAGGGCAAGUUCGUCUUCCCAUUUCACGCCACCAUUCCGCCGCAUGCGCCAACCUCAUUCAAUGGAACACACGGUCAGAUAAAACAUGAGGUGACCUUGACUAUAGAUCGGGCCGUUCGAUAUAAUAAUACAUUCAGUCAAUGCUUUACGGUUAUACUGCCCAACGAUUUGAAUGUGAGGCGGGAGCAUUUGCAACCACUGAAGCGCAUCGAGGAGAAAACCUUUUGGUGGGGCUCCAUAUUUGGCGGAAAUAAGCCAAUGGUUAUGGAUGUGAGCACCUCGUACAGCGCCUAUGUGCCUGGACAGAAGAUACACUUUCAUCUUGUGAUGGACAAUCAGUCGGAUGUUCAGUGCCAGGACGUGAAAGUGCGUCUCUUCAAGAAUGUGACGUAUCGCGGCAAGUGCGGUGAUAAGGAGCAGCUGAAAACAACAGAGGAGCGCUUGGCCGAUAAACACUGUGGCGAGGUCGACAAGCAUAACAAGGCGCAAUUCAAUGACUUUCUGAUGGUGCCACCCACAACGCCCACAACUCUUGGGGAGCGUGAUUCCAUUCGGGUUAGCUACACGCUGCGCUUCAUUGCAAAAACAUUCCGUUUGCAUGGCGGCGGAGAUAUGGUGGUCGAUUUUCCACUGGUCAUAGGCACGGUGCCGUUGCUGGGAAGUGCUGAGGACAAGGGUCCGGGGGCCCAGAAGACAGCCAUUCCAAACGGUACAAUGCAGGCAUUGUCUGCACCCAACUUCCAGGAGGAUGUGAGCACGGAACACUUUGAGUCGAACACCUUUAAGCCACGUUACCCGGUUUAUUUGUUCAGUGGCCAGCCAGCAAACGCAAAUGCCAAUGGCGCUGCUAUAUCACCCAUUCCCAGUCUAUAUCCAAAAGCCGCUGACUCUUUGCCGGCACAUCCAGUGCAUUACACAGCAAAUCCUGCUUCGCCAGUUGCGAAACCACCGGCGGCCGGCGCUACCAAGGCGCCGCCGUAUCCCGUACAGGCGCCCGCCGCUGCCGCUGCUGGCAACAAUUUUGAGGUGCUUGGCUUUAGCAUACCACCGGGAUAUCAGCCGACGCCCACUGCACCAGCUGAUGGCUCUGGCAAUAUUGGUUGGAAGUAGUUAUAAGUUACGUAAAUUAAUUACCUUUUUGUAAGCACCUUUGGACGAUUUUGAAUAAAUGUAUCCGCGCGCGCACUCUCAGUGGCAGUGGUAAAUAUAUCGAUAUAUUAAA